AUGAACCCUUGGAAAUCAUCCUUUCUGAGUGCUGUGCUGAUAUUCUUUGCAGUGACAGCCACAGGACUGCCCAUUAAGCCCCGAGAGGGUAGUGUCGCUGGAGGAACGUGGAUUACUAUUACUCUGGACGGCUCAACAUCCCACCAGCUAGAAGGUAUCUCUUCAGCCAGCACAUCCCAGCUGGAGGUGUCCCUGGUGAAUCCAGACCUGCCCAGGUUGCCGUGUGAUGUCUCUCCUCUGUAUUUUGACUUACCCACUAUAAGAUGCAGAACAAGGUCUUCACCCCAGGAGGGUUUGUACUACGUGGAGGUGAUCUUUAAGGGACAUGUGAUUAACAACCUGACUGAGGUGGAGAAAGAGAACUAUACUUUCAAGUUCUCUGCUGCGCAGACACCUGUGGUUUACCAAAUUAGUCCACCAUCUGGCAUCCCAGGAAAUUUAAUAGAUAUCUAUGGGAAGACAAUUGCUGGAAGAUAUGAGACCCUGGACUUCAACGUGGAUUAUAUUGAUGGACCAGCUAUCCUUGUGGCAGAAGGAGAUGGAUGGACCAGUCUCUGCUCUUUUGCUGACAGGGGAGCUGGAAGCAUCUACCCUAUUUGGUCAGAGGAUGGACUGGGGACCCUGCAGUGCCGGGUGGAGGGGAACCACAUAGGGUCCCACAAUGUCAGCUUCUCGGUGUUUAACAAAGGAAAGUCAGCAGUCCACAAAGGUGCUUGGCUUAUCAGUGCCAAACAGGAGCUUUUCUUGUAUCAAACGCAUUCAGAAAUAGCUGCUGUGUUCCCAGCUGGUGGGAGUCUUGGAGGAGGCACUGAUCUCACUGUCACGGGGGACUUCUUUGAGGAGCCGGUGCAGGUCACUGCUGCAGGUGUCCCCUGUAAAGUCAAGCAUGUCUCUCCCCAGCAAAUCAGAUGCACCACUGAGCCUGUCGGCAAGGGCAGGAGGCUUGGUGCCCCCCAGCCAGGAAACAGAGGGCUUCUCUUUGAAGUCUGGGAUGAUGCCUCUGAUCUGACAGAAACAGGUCCUGGAUACAGAUGGCAGUUUGUACCUAAUGCCAGUUCCCCAGUAAGAUUUCUGUCUGGGGCAAAGAAGUCCUUCAGCUCCAGGCUUCGUGGAUUUUUUGUGGCUCCUCAGACCAACAACUACACCUUCUGGAUUCAGGCAGAUGGUCAGGCAUCUCUCUACUUAAGUUUGUCCCAAGAUCCAGAACAUAAGGUGAGAAUAGCUUCUCUCCCUGCCGGCAAUUCGGAGUGGUCAGAGAACUGGGUGAAGAGCUGGAGUGAGGGUUGGCAGCCAAAAUCCCAGAAAUUUGAGUUAACUGCUGGUUCGAGGUACUACCUGGAAGCACUGCAUCAUGGAAAGGUACCCAGCAAUGGGAUGAGAGUUGGAGUCCAGAUACACAACACAUGGCUGAAUCCCCACGUGGUGAACAGCUACUACAUCGAGAGACAUGAAAUUCGGGCUCACGCCUUGCAACUUCCAGAAGUGCAGAUGUUGACUGUGUCUGGUACAGGGUGUUUCAGUAUCUCCUGGAAUAACGUAUCGCGCAAAAUGAUCCCCACAAAUGCUACAGCUCGUCAGGUGCAAACAGCAAUAGAAGAACUUCUUUCAAUACGGUGUGAAACUGAGCCAACUUCUGCUAAAAUCCUUUUCCACGAUGGCUUUGAGAAAGAAGAUACGAAGGACGUCAUUACCACAGGACACAUUGUCAGUGGAACGGAGCCUUUCUGUGGGAGGUUCAGUGUUCGCGGACCAAGCCAGCUGGUGAAAACUUCCCCAUCAACUCUACCGAGAUACGAUCUUACUGAAUACACACACGUGUGUUUUGCACAUAAAGGCCGUAUGAGCAAUAUCCUUCAUAUCUUGGUGUCCUACACCAAUGUGUCUUUAUCUUCAGUGAAGAGGAAUCUCACCUGCUUAUGGGAUUUCAAUGAAACUGACUCUAAAAGCUGGACAUUUACCUGCACUGACCUCUGGAAGGGGUGUGUGAAUCUCUCCACGCUUCUCCAAGACCUCCCUGGCAAUUCUCCGGUGUUUGUGCAUCAGAUAGACUUGUCGAGCCCUGUGCUGCGAAAGAAAACAUCUGGGUCAUUUUACCUUGAUGAACUCAUCAUUGCAGACAGAGCUGUGACUGUUUCUCAGAGAGAUCCCAAACCACCUCGGCCAGGUGGGAGGAUAGUUGAAGCAGUAUCUGUGGUGGGGUCUUCUCCCACUUACAACGUGUCCUGGAUGGUGUCUGGCUGUGGUGCCAGUCUGCCCCUUCUGUCUCCAAGAGGUGCUUUGCUUGGGGAAGGCUCUAAGGAAUAUGGCCACCUCUAUGUCUCCACGGAAGAUGUGAGAGUCAGCCUCACCAUUCAGAGACUGCAAAAGUCAUCUCCACCUAUUGGAGGGACUUUCCGCAUCCACUUGGCCAAUACAGUGAUAUCAGAUGUUUCAGUGCACAUCUCCUCCCACCAUCUCCGCAAGCUUUUGCAAGAAAACAUAGAUAAUUCUACAGCCCCAUACUUCAACACCAGUGACUUCAUCGUGACCAAAGACUCAAACUCUUGCUAUGAAAGCAUCUGGACGCUGACUUGGAAAACAAAAACUGGGGAUUUGCCCAAUGUUAUCAGUGUCUCUGCUGAAAACCUCACUGGUCUGAAGCCAACUGUUUCUAGUCGUGUGGUUUAUGAUGGGGGUGUGUUUAUUGGGCCAAUAUUUGGAGACAUGCUUGGUACCUUCAAUAACAAAACACAGGUUGUGGUGGUAGUGAAUGAUGUCCUUGCAAACUGCUCUGGUUCGUGCUCUUUCCAUUUCAGCCAGGAAUUGACACCCUUAGUCAGUGAUGUGGAGUAUUCGUCAGAUGAUGGGUCCCAGGCCACAGUAGUUAUCAGGGGAGCUGGCUUCACUGAGGAGAAGCCAGCUCUGCAGGUUGAAGUGAACAACACGACUUGCCACGUCAUAACAUUGAAUCGAACUGAAGUGGUUUGCCAGAUGGAGAAGCUGCCAGUCGGAGUCUACCGGGUGACACUACUGGUGAGACCUUAUGGCUUCGCACUCAAUGCCAGCACAGCAGAAGGCAUCUUCCUAAGAGUUGAGCCAAAGCUUGUAGCUAUCGAACCUUCUACAGCUUCAGAGAUUGGAGGACUGAGAGUGGCUCUCAAGGGGAUCAAUCUGGAAGGAAUAAACUCGGUGUUGUUUGGAUCUCAGCCUUGCCCAAUUUCGGAGGAUGACCAAAAUUCAACAAGAAUUGAAUGUAAAGUACCCUCCCGGGGGACAGAAGAUGCUGCUGUCCGUGUGACACUAAUUUCUGGGUACCUGUCAACAACUGUCACCAACUUGUUCCAGUACGAUCCUUCCUUAAACCCUGCUGUUGUAUCACUGAGCAGAAACAGAAGUGGCAUAGCAGGGGGCCAGGAGCUUCAGAUUGGAAUAUCCCAGUUUGCCAGCUACCGAGGGUCAGAUAUCAAGGUGCAAAUUGGGGGCUCAUGGGCACAGAUCCGGGCGCAGACAGACCGUGGUGUUAAUGUGACGCUUCCAGCCUUGGCUGCAGGACGGUACAAUGUUUCUGUCAUCAUCAAUGGCAUUGCUAUCGCUUCAAACAGGGUUGAGCCGUUAAUCCAGUACCUCUCCGAGAUCUUCAGCAUAGAGCCGUGUUGCGGCUCCUUUCUGGGUGGAACACUGCUCACAAUCGCUGGGAUGGGCUUUAGCCAAAAUCCUGCCCUGGUUUCUGUUUCAAUGAACAGGCAAACCUGUAUGAUCACUCACUUGGCAGAAGAGACAGUUUGGUGCCUGACCCCACCAGCUGCUAAUUUGUCCAAUGAAGAUUCACAAGACAUUUCUGUCAGAGUAAACGUAGUCAUCAGCAGUACAUCACUUCAACAUACUCUUUUUGGAAAAAGGACCCCUACCUUUAAUUACCAAAGAGCUUUGACUCCUCUGAUUACCGUUGUUGAAAUGGAAAUCAUAGAUAGCAGCCUGCUCUUGAGCAUCCAGGGCAUAAACAUCACCGACUCUGUGGCUAAGCUUGGACAGAGUGAAUGUGAACUUGAGUUUCAACGUGGCAACAAGUCUGUAAUGUUUUAUCAGUGUUCUUUGCCACUGAACAGCCUGGAACCUGGGACUUUCCCCAUCCAGGUUAUCCAGAGGCAGCUAGGAUAUGCUCGUGUGACAGCAAGGCUGAAGGCCGUUACAAUAACUCCACGGAUAACCUCCAUAUUCCCAUUGCAAGGAUCAAUUUGUGGUGGGGUGUUACUCACUAUAUCUGGUAUUGCUUUAAAAUCCAGGAGGAAUUUGGUACAGGUCAGCCUGGAGGGUAAUUAUUCCUGUGAGAUCCAGAACUCUGAUAACAAUGCCAUUAGUUGUAUUGUCCUUCCAGGGGUCCACCCUUUGCAUUACCAGUGGUUGGCUGAGGCAUCCUGGGCUCUUAAUGUCACAGUGACUGUCAAUGGGAUCAGCAGUGUCUGCCUUGGAGACUGUACACUCCACCUUCACGAGCAGUGGACCCCCCUUGUAGAACUGGUGACCUGGGAGAUGAAUGGGACCUUCACCUAUGUGAUGAUCAAAGGACAGAGGUUGGCAUGGCCAAGUGACAGCCCCGUGGUACACGUGAAUAACCAAGCUGUCUGCAGGGUAAUUUUUUGGAACGAGACCAGCAUUGAGUGCCAGACAGACUGUAUUGCCCCAGGGGAGCACAACGUUUCCAUAUCCAACAGGAAAAGUGGGCAAGCUUGCUUCAGAAAGGCGUCCAGCGUUCUCACCAUCCUGCCUCGGGUGUACUGGUUUUACCCGCAAAACUUCAGUACCAACGGUGGAGGCCUGCUCACCUUAGCAGGCUCGGCACUGAAAGGAAAGAGAAUGACUUCUGUUCUCAUUGAUCAUCACCCUUGCCUUGUUCUCAAUGUCACCUGUGUAGCUAUCCAGUGCACGGUGCCGCCAGGUAAUGGGACUAGGACUUUGAGUCUGAAAGUAGACGGCAUCUCCUAUUACCUUGGAAGAAUAAGUUACAACGAGGAGUUUACCCCAGCUUUCCUUUCGCUUGUUGCAACUGAUCUCCUUUUAACGAUGACCGUAUCACGGGUCACAGAGAUGGACACCGUCUAUGUAUUUGUUGGAGACUUUGCUUGUAGUGGCGUCACCAUCACUCGCUCUACUUUGCAGUGCUUAGCUCCUCUGCUCCCUGUUGGCGAGUACCGUGUGCUGGGUCUGGAUGUCCCCAGGGGCUGGGCUUCCUCCAACCUGACGUUCACCUCUCAGCUGAUGGUGACAGCUGUGCAUCACAACUGGGGUGGCUUGAACGGAGGAGCGGUUUACCUGCGUGGAACUGGGUUUUCCCCAGGGAAGACUCUGGUCACAGUCUGUGGCACCCCCUGUGAAAUGUUGGGCAACACGACGAUGACUGACCUGAGCUGCCUUGCCCCACGCUUACACGCGUCUUUGGCCAUUCUUUGUGGCCUGACACAUUCUUCUGUUGACUGCCGAGAAGACAGAGCCACCUUCAUUGAAUGUGAUGUCCAAGUCACGGUGGGUUCCUAUCACCAGAGAGAAUCUGUGUCUUACCUAUAUGUCUGUGAGGACAGCCCACCUCAGUGGCACCGGAGAGACAUCAACCCACCCCAGAGGCAUUUUGCUGGACUCUUUGCCAGCCCUAAAGUGGAAAGAGAUGAAGUUCUCAUCUAUAAUAGCUCCUGUAACAUUACCAUGGAAACUGAGGCAGAGAUGGAGUGUGAGGGAGCUAAUCAGCCAAUUACCGCCAAGAUUACUGAGAUAUGGAAAAACUGGGGCCAGAACACUCAGCUUGCCCUCCAGUUUUGUGGCCGAUGGGACGAGGACUCCAGCUGGCCUGCUGGCCACCAGCCGCGAGAUGGCGAUAACGUCACGAUAGAAGAAGGUCGGACCCUGCUGCUGGGGACCACCACCACCAACCUCAACCUGCUGCAUCUCAAAGGUGGCAAACUCUUGUUCACUGGUCCAGGACCUGUAGAACUGCAUGCUCAUUACAUUCUGAUAUCUGAUGGAGGAGAGCUCCAGGUGGGAUCCCCUGAGGCCCCUUUCCAUCACAAAGCACACAUCUGUCUCUAUGGAAGCCUCCAUUCUCCGCCAUUAUUUCCAUACGGGGUCAAGUUCCUGGCAGUGAGGAAUGGGACCCUUUCCAUUCAUGGCUGGAUGCCCAAAUUAGGUUUCACACGCUUGAAAUCAUCAGCCCAUGCUAACGACACACGAUUAGUGCUCCAGGAACCUGUUGACUGGCAACCCGGUGACGAAAUCAUGGUGGGAAGGACAGGCUUUGGAGAUGCACAGCAGCAAGAAGAAAUGGCUGUUAUUGAGUUUGUGAACAACACUGAGCUAUACCUUAGAUCACCGCUCAGGUACUCCCACAAUGUUGGAGAGGGACGGGUGAAUGGCCGAAGCCUGCCUUUCAGUGCUGUGGUGGCACUGAGUAGCAGAAGGAUUGUUGUUCAAGGAAAUGUCACGAUGGAGAGGAUGUCACACCUCAGACAGUGUGUAAAAGCAGGUGGCUCCAGGUGUCUGUACAAGCGAAGUGAGAGGCAGUUGGGGUCUCGGGACCUGGGGGCCAUCGUGGUUGUGGAGGCUUUCCAGGGAGAGGCGAGUCGGCUUCAGGUGGAGGGGGUCCAAUUCCGCCACGUGGGCCAAGCAUUUCAGCAGCACCGCAGCGCCCUGACUGUUGCUGGCAAUGCGCGGAUGGCAGACUCCUACAUACGUGGCUGUUGUAUUUUGGACUCCUUUGGCCAAGGACUCCGUUUGACUGGGAUCUCAAACCUUAGUGUGGACAGUAAUGUUUUCUAUAACAUUUCAGGCCAUGGGCUUCUGCUGGGAGAGGGACUGGAAGAGGGGAACAGAGUCAGCAACAACAUAGUGAUUGGUCUUUCUGGAACAGAUGGUUUAUCCAACAUUGAGACACUGUCACCAGCAGGGAUCUAUGUCAGGGCUCCUGCCAACCACAUUGAGGGUAACACAGUGUGUGCUGCUGGGUAUGGCUAUUUGUUUCAUCUCUCCCCUGAGGGACCAUCUAAAGUGCCUCUCCUGUCCUUCAGUGAGAACGUAGCUCAUUCCUGCACAAGGUAUGGGCUGCUGGUGUACCCAGAAUAUUUGCCAGACAGCCCAAACAGACCUGUUCAGUUCAACAACUUCACAGCUUGGAGCAGCCAAGGUGGAGUACAGAUUUUUAGUAGCAGCAACCUUGAACUCCAACGUUUCUGGAUUUAUGCUUGCCAAGACUUUGGCAUUGACAUUGUAGAAAGCCUGGGAAACACUUCUGUAGCUGACAGUGUUUUAAUUGGACACAUUGGGCAAAAGGAUAGGACCUGUAUGUCAGCAGGACUAAAAACUCCCAAAAGAUACCAGCUACUCAUCUCCAACACAGCUUUCAGGAACUUUGAUGCGAACACUUGCACAGCGAUCAGGACUUGUUCUGGCUGUUACCAAGGGCAGGGUGGGUUUACAGUGAGAGCUGAACGCCUGACCUUCAUUAACUCACCUUUCCAAGUGUCCUUCCCCUUUCCUCACUCUGCCAUCCUUGAGGAUCUCGACGGCUCUGUCACGGGGCAGAAAGGAAGUCAUCUCCUCCCUUCCACAGAUAUCCUUGCGGUAUCUUGUACUGCCACUGCCAACUUCAGUCAAGCUUCUCGUGGCAGUGUUUGUGGCGGUGACCUUGUUUUCCACCGUAUGUCUCUUCAUUUAAAAGAGGCUCCAGACAUUCCCUAUAAUUUAACUGUGACUGACAGUAGGAAUAAGACAACCACAGUCAAUUUUGUCCCUGAUACUUUAUCAAACCUGUAUGGCUGGAUGGUUCUCCUCUUGGAUAAAGAGACUUAUGCGUUGACAUUUGACAACCCUUUGGUCAGCAAACAGCUCCAGUAUUCAGUGACAUUUAGCAACUUCGUGACUGGGAAUUACUUGCUGGUGGAACACAAGGAUCUUCCUGCCCAUCCUGAGGUUGUGGUGUCCUGUGGGACAAGGACGGGACAGCCACUCCAAUCGCUGCCAUCAUACGGACAUCAUAGGAGCUGUGACUGGUAUCUUGACAGCAGACUGAGGAAGCUAACCUAUUUGGUCACAGGAGCUGACUUGAUUCAGGUCACACUGAAAGAGAAGGAAAGAGUGGCUUUACCUACCCCAGCUCCUUCUGAUGCUGUCUUGAAAUGGUCGCACCCAGAGACAUGGAAUGAUGUGGAAAAAGGCUGGGGUGGAUCCAACCGCAGCAUCCCAGGCCCUGGGGAAGAUGUCAUCAUCUUACCUAACCGGACCAUCCUGGUGGAUAUGGCUCUUCCCCCUCUGAGAGGUCUCUACAUCCUGGGGACCCUCGAGUUCCCCAGCAACUCCAGCAAUGUCCUGAGUGCAGCCUGUAUCGUGGUGGUGGGGGGUACGCUGAAAGUGGGUUCUUUUCAACAUCCCCUGGAAAGGGAUUUGAAGCUGCUGGUCCUUCUUCGGGCGUCUGAAGGGAUUUACUGUGAUCGUCUGGAGGAAAUAAAUGUCCACCCAGGGAGUAUUGGGGUUUAUGGAAAGGUACAAAUUUAUAGCGCUUAUCCUAAGACGUCUUGGACACAUCUGGGAACUAACGUUGCUCCUGGCAAUGAAAGGAUUUUUGUGGAGGAUGAAGUAGACUGGAAUCAUGGUGGAGAUAUAGUGAUCAGCUCUUCCUCCUAUGAAGCCCACCAAGCUGAAACAGUUACAGUUAAAGAAGUCAGUGGUCAUAGCAUAAGAAUUCAUGAACGCCUUCUGCACAGACAUAUUGGGCAUUCCCAUGACACAGAAGACGGUAGACGCAUCCCUUUGGCUGCAGAGGUUGGACUCCUAACACGCAACAUACAGAUCAAGUCUGACGUGGCUUGCGCUGGGAGGAUGCUGGUGGGACGUUUUACAGACUCAAGUGGGACAGAGUUUGAAGGUGCCCUUCAACUCUUAAAUACUGAGUUUUUGAACUUUGGGCCUCCUCAGCUUUCUGCCAUUGAAUUCAGGAAUAUAUCCCAAGGGUCUUCAGUGGUGUCAUCCAGCAUUAACGGUAGCUGUGGAGGUGGCAUUAAAGCAGUCAUGAGCAACUGGAUCUUGUUGCACGAUAACAUGGUAUUCAACACGGUUGGACCUGGCAUUGAUUUGGAAGGGCAAAAUCAUUCUCUCAUCAGGAACCUUGUUAUUCUGAGCAGGCAGCCAGAAGGCUUAUUAAACUGGGUUGCUGGCAUCAAGGUGAACCUUGUCAUUGGUGUCUCCCUCUGUGGCAAUGCUGUGGCAGGAUCUGAGCGAAUUGGCUUCCAUAUCAGGGGCCAAGAGUGUUUUCUGGAUGGAGAGUAUUGCAGUGAAAACGUGGCCCAUUCAAGUCUCCAUGGUAUUCAUCUGUACUGGGGAGAUGGAUUUCAGACCUGCACUAGAAUCACAGGUUUUCUAUCCUAUAAGAAUUACGACUAUGGUGUCAUGUUCCACCUUGCAAGCAGCGUCAUCAUGGACAAUGUGGUGCUGGUGGACAACACUGUGGGUCUCAUGCCAGUAGUGUACUGUCUCUAUGCCAGACAAUGCCACACGGGGAAAAGACUCAUAGAACUUAGAAACUCCGUCAUUGUUGCAACAAGCUCAACUUUUGACUGCAUCAGAGACAGGAUCAAGCCUCACUCAGCUGACCUAACAGCCAAGGAUCGACCACCAUAUUACCCUCUAAGAGGCCGUGUUGGGAUUUUAUGGCCUACGUUUACCACUGUUCCCAGCCAAAGGCCAGAUAACCCAUGGCACAAAACUGGGCAUUGUCCAAAAGUCCUGGGACUCAUGAAGCUGAAAGAAGUCACCUUCACUGGUUUUACAAAGAGCUGCUACAGUGAAGAUAGGGAUGUCUGCAUCAUGUCAAAUGCUGACAAUUUAGGCAUCGUGCCUCUUAUCACAGCGGAGACAUCAAGGAUGUUACAUGUUAAUGAGAAGGACAAGUUCUACUUUCACCCAACGAGUGUACAGACCUCUGAAGACACCAUGUUCCCUGAAAAGAGUUGCAAAGGCUCGAGGAAGGCUCUUUUCAAGGAUUUGGAUGGAGGUGUCCUGGACCUAGAACCACCUGUUUCUGUUUUCCCAAAGUCAGAAUUUGACUGGACACAGUUCUACUUGCAAGCUGGAAUUUACAGAGAUGACAGCAAGUGUAUCUUCAAGCCCUCAGUACAAGGCUACUUCUGCAAACAGUCAGAUCACGCACUUGUCAUCCUAGAAAACUUGGACCCCGAUAUGGUCAGCCAGAGACUGUUUCCAGUGGUAGCAAUGACUGGCAGCUUUAUGGACACCUUCAGUGAUGUGACGUCGCAUGCAUCGUGUUAUCCUGCAGAGCAUCGUUCUACUUUCUUUUCUGUGUUGCCAUCCACCAAACUUGCUACAAUUUGCUUCCCUGACCUAGCACCUCUGACUUUCAGACUCUACCUUCUCAGUGGCCAAAAUGCAACCAGACUGCCCCUUGCUGUAUUCUACAAUGAACUACUCAGCCUUCGUGUUUUCAUUCAAGGGAAAUAUGUAUCUCCAACCCCAUCUUCUUUCUCACUAAAUGAAGGGGCAGGAGCCAAUUACUUUAGCUUUGAGGACAAUCUUCUCUAUGUUCUCCUGCAUGAGAAGGAACCUGUAGAAAUAGUUGCUGGCCUUUCCCUUCUUGUGGCUUUCACUGUAACUGAGGCUGUUGGGGAAGAGGGUGAAGCAAGUACAAUACGUCGAUUAGCUGAUUUCUUGAAGGUUGGUCAUGACCAAGUCAGAGUAGUCCAUCAUGUGCUGGGAGGUGAAAGCAUGUUGAAGGUAAUCUCGGCCAAUGCUAGCAAAAAGAAAUACCACUGCCCUAACAUGGCAUUUUGUACAGCCUUUCAUAGCAGGUCUAGCUCACAGAAAGCGGGGAGAGGACCAAUGAGUAUCCGAGCUCUGCAGCCAUCUGAUGCGGCUGGUCCAUCAAGAGUGCUCAUCAUUGAACUUAGUGAUCCACCAGGCCAUCCAAGAAAUGAGUUGACAAGUGACAGCUUAAAGAGUUUGGCCAGAACAAUUAUCAACACUCAUCAGACUGGAGACCUUCAGAGAGGCCUUGGCUUGCCAGUUGAUACCUUAAUGGUGACUCAGCCUGCCUUACUGUUUCCAGCAGAAGCUAACAACAGAAAUGGAAGUAGACAACACCCAGGAACAUGCUUGUAUGUGAGGCCCUAUAACAUCUCUGUUCAAGUGCAGCCCUCAGAUGGAGAAAUCGAGAAGCAGCUUCCUGUACAGCCAAAAAUCAUUUUCCUAGACAGGAAGGGUCAAAGAGUUGACAAACUGGGGCCUCCGUCAGAACCCUGGGUUGUAUCAGCUCACCUCAAGGGCUCCUCCGAGGCUGUGCUAAAAGGGCUCACCCAAGUGCAGGUCAUAGAUGGAUGUGCAAGCUUUUCCAGUCUGGCCAUCUCCAGCUCAGGUACAAACUGGAAACUUGUGUUCACCGUCACAUCACCUCCAGGGGUUGAGUUUACUGUGCUGUCUCAGCCAUUUACCAUCUUCCCUGUUCCCAUGGGAGUGAAGGUCAGCAUGAUCCUUGUUGUCAUACUGAGUUCAGCAGCAUCUGCAUUCAUCCUCACUCUUGCAUUCUGCUGGUUUAAGAAGAGCAAAAGCAACAAAACAAGGACUGAACGGGCUGAUGUACCACGGGCCAGUACCAAGGGACCACAGAAACAAGCACGGCCUCGUGCAGCUCACAUCCAGCCUUGCUACAAUGAAGGAGAAAAUAAAAGCGGUGUGCCUGUAGCAGAAGAUCUGGAAGGAACUGGAGUAGUGGGACAUGCCGCAGGACAACUGGAAGAGCUGAACCUGCAGCCCUGUGAAGCCAAGUCAGUGAGAAAGAUGAGCACCGUCCAACGUAAGACACGUAACAGAGACACCUUUUCUUCAGCUAGGAACAGUGACAGUCACCAACAGCCACAUGAAGAAACAUCUCCUGGUGACUCCCUGGAACUUCAGCAGCCCACAGUCCCGAGGUGUUCCAGCCAGAAGGAUGUCCCCCAGCCUUCAGCUGGCUACAACAAGGAAAGAGAGAAGUCUGAAAGGAUGCCCAAACCUCAGAAUGAAGUCGGAGAGCAUGUUGCUGUGGUAGCAGCAGAGGUGUGA